GAGAGUGGAGAGCGAACAAAAGUCUGUCCCUCAACGUGGUUGAAUGAAUGAAUGCUCCGUUGACUUGGAAAAACCAGAGAUUAAUUAUCGUCUCUCCUGACAAACCGAGACGAACCUGCAAGGAAAUUCGCUGCGUCUUUGUACCAUUCGCGCGAAUCGAUUUCCCCGCACAAACGAACUUCGCUCACUUCCUCUUCAUUUGUUUUCUCCUUCUCCUCCAAAUACCGAUCUACUAUCCAGCAUCCGAGUCUCUGACCGGAGCUGAGCAGAUCAGGUGCGGAAAACCCUAGCUGAUCGGCCAAUCGAGCAUGUCGAAAUCGCUUCCUUAUUCAACGCGAGAUGUAAACUAUGAUAACGCCAAGUUCCGCCAGCGAUCCUUAUUUAAGGUGAUUUCUCAGACUCUGCUUACAAAUAACUUAAAACGCGGUUUUAUAAGUUGUAGUAUGGGGAAGUUUCUAGCGUUAUUACUGAUCUUUGGUGUAUCAUAUCUGAUAUUGACAAAUUCUGGUCUUGUCCAUCCUGCAUCUGAUCGACUAACAAAAAGAAUCAUGACUGAUGGGGAAGAUAAGGUGAAUAUGAAUGGUACAGGUAGUGUAAGAAAGUUUUGGAGAAGAGCACCAAGGCUCCCUCCUCGAUUAUCUCCUGAUGAGAAGGGUGAUAAUCACAAGUCUUCAAAAGACAGUGCUGACUCAAAUUGGAUUGCUAGGCAACAAAAAGUGAAGGAGGCCUUCAUCCAUGCAUGGUCAGGAUAUGAAAAAUUUGCGAUGGAUUAUGAUGAACUUAUGCCAGUGAGCCAGCGGGGAGUUGAUGGGUUAGGAGGUCUUGGUGCUACUGUUGUGGAUGCUCUUGAUACUGCUAUGAUUAUGGGUGCUGAUGAGGUUGUCUCUAAAGCAGGCUCAUGGAUUGAAAAACACCUUGCUGACCGAAUUAGUCAGAAAGGCCAAGUUAAUUUGUUUGAAACUACCAUCAGGGUUCUGGGUGGUCUUUUAAGUGCUUAUCAUUUAAGUGGGGGAGAACAAGGAUUGAAUUCAAUGCAAAAAGGGCCAAAACCCGCUGUUUAUCUUGAAACUGCUAAGAACUUGGCUGAUCGGCUACUUUCAGCUUUUACUUCCAGUCCAACUUCUAUUCCCUUCGCUGAUGUUAUUCUACGUGAUGCCUCAGCACAUCCAGCACCUGAUGGGUUAAGUAGUACUUCAGAAGUUUCCACUUUGCAACUUGAGUUCAAUUAUCUCAGCACUAUAUCUGGUAAUACAAAUUACAGCAUUGAAGGCAUGAAGGUCUUGGCACAUUUGAAGACACUUCCAAAGGUGGAAGGACUUGUUCCUAUCUACAUAAGUCCUCAUUCUGGGGAAUUUAGUGGAGACAAUAUUAGACUUGGAUCACGCGGUGAUAGUUACUAUGAGUACCUUAUUAAAGUAUGGCUUCAGAUGAGAGCUCAUGAAGGCAGUAAUGUUACAUAUCUGCAUGAUAUGUAUGAAGAAGCAAUGAAGGGUGUCCGACACCUACUUGUCCGGAAAUCAAUUCCAAAUGGAUUGGUAUUUGUGGGUGAGCUGCCAUAUGGAUCUAAUGGUGCUUUUAGUCCCAAGAUGGAUCACCUAGUGUGUUUUUUGCCUGGUACUCUUGCUCUUGGUGCUACCAAAGGCACCACGAAGGAAAAAGCAAUGAAAGAGAAUCUGCUCACUUUUGAAGACCUCGAAAAUUUGAAGCUUGCAGAAGAUUUGGCCAAGACUUGCUUUGAAAUGUAUUCUGUAACUUCUACUGGUCUUGCACCAGAAAUUGCUUACUUUCAUACAGAGGAGUUUUCUGAAGGAGGUCUUGACGGUGGAAACAAGUCUUCAGAAUUUGUGAAUGACAUUAUCAUCAAACGUGCUGAUCGUCAUAAUCUUUUAAGGCCUGAAACUGUUGAAUCCCUGUUCUUCCUCUAUCGCAUCACAGAAGACCCCAAAUACCGUGAAUGGGGUUGGCAGAUCUUUGAAGCAUUUGAGAAAUUCACGAGAGUUGAUUCUGGCGGAUACAGUUCUUUAGAUGAUGUCACGGUGAUUCCUCCUCAUAAAAGGGACAAGAUGGAGACCUUCUUUUUAGGGGAGACACUGAAGUAUUUGUACUUGCUGUUUGGGGAUAGCUCUGUUAUUCCAUUGGAUAAGUAUGUCUUCAAUACGGAAGCACAUCCUCUUCCUAUUCAGGGCCUCGUGUAGGAGGGCGGGCUAAUACUUAUAUUGCAUUUGAAGCAUUCAUGGGAAGAGAAGGGGACAAGAGUUAAAUGUGUCACUGACACAACUUACUGGUCUUUUCAUAUGCCAUUGAAAUAGCGUUCAAUCAUGGUUCUCUAGUUCAACUGCCAGCUUAUCAAGAACUACCGGCAGUGACCUGGCUUCUCUCUCGGGCAAUGAAUAGGUCAUUUGAUCUGCACUCCAGUACUUACAGAAAGUAAAAAGCUCUUGGAUUCUCUUCUCGUAUACCCACAAAUCAUGAAAAGAUAGUUUGAAAUGUAAUUUCUUUGGACAGUAAUUUUACCCAGGUGAGGGUUGCUCCCUCCAACAAUUGUUGUUGUGCGGCAACCUAUCCUUUUUGAACUUAGUUUGCAGAUCCAUGUUCAUCGGCGGAUGUAAACAAUUAUUUAUCAGAGAUAUCUAUACGUUGCCAAAUUGACCCAGGUAGCAAAGGCUUUCGUUGCGUAAAA